CUUUACGUGUAUGGUAUGUUGCUCAUGUAUCCCCUACUCAGUACUAUCUUCUAUUCAUCCUCGAAUCGUGAGGGGACGGCAUCCGGGUCAGUAGUAGUCGAGCUGACUUAAAUCUGUGACAUCACAAACAUUUACGCCGCUAUAGCUACCAAUUGAACACCAUCUUUCAGCAGGUACAAAUUCAACCUGUGAUCAGUCAACGGAGUUGAGUGCUCCACUCGACUCACACUAUUGACGCUUCCGGUGUGGCGCUCUACUGCAAUGCUGGAACACGACGGCAUACUGCUCGAAUACUGCGUGGACGUUGCAGAAGACGACCUCCUACUCUACGUGGUCAAGAAGUUGCCUCAACUGACCUCCUUGGAGCCUCAUCGCUUCACAUCACGCGAUGGCGAUAGUAUGAGUAUUACCGACGUGGCUCUGCGGCUAGCAAGUCUCCCAAUUCUGCUCGUUCUGCGGGCUUAUCUGGAGUUUGGUCAUCCUUCUCGCAGCUGCGCGAAGCUGCCGCAGGGAGCAGCCGUCUUAGCACGCAAGGUCGCGCGUCCUGGUCUCGAGUUGUGGUUGCUCCAUCAUUCUGGUGGUGACGGUGCAGUCUGGUACCCAAUCCGACUCGUAGCCGAGCAAGGGGUUGACCAGGAGCCGCGAGCGGAAAUAGGCCACUUCGGUAAUGGUGAGGAAGCACCGGAGGAUCGCAAAUACGAUUUUGGCCUCCAAAGCUGUAGAAGGAUACACGUCGAAUCUCGAGUACGAAGCGCAUAUGUCAUUCGCUCGCUAUACCAUGAGACCAAACAGGGAGAGGUUUCGGUAAAUCCAGCGCGCUGCGUUGGACGUUAUGUUCUGAAUUACAUGCUCUCUGUCACCUUUGGUACCCGCACCGGGUCUGUCGCGGACCCUCUCGUCAAGAGGGCUCUUCCAUUGGGUAUGGAGUUCAUGCGACUGACAGGUGAGUCGCUCCAGAGUGUCUCCGUAAUCUCUACAGUAUUCAUCCGUCUCAAGGACCGUGGUCCAAUGCGGUCGACUUCAUCAAACCUCUCCAAUGGAUACCUACCGGUACUCGUUCGCGAGGUCGCAAGAGACUUCCUGGACGUAUACGGCGCGCCGAUGGUCCGUCUCGUCAAAGAACGCAUGGCCUCCGGCGAGGAUGUCCCCGACUGCCUCGUCAAGUCCCUGCUUGCCUUCGAGAAAGAGGAACAGUUGAGCUGGACCGACAUGUGCAUGCUCACGACCGCCUUCGCUACUGGCGGCUCGCACUGCUUGACGUCCGGGACUAUUCAAUGGUUCCUCGCAUUGAUGCCUUCCCAUUUGGACGUCCAGACCAGACCAAAGCACAUCAGGAACUGGAUCGCGUUGUAG